CAAGCCACUAGUCCCAGGGAAAAAGGUGUAAAAAAAAAAAAGUGGAACUGAAUUCCCCAGAUGGCUAAGUUCCUGAUCAUGGCGGUUCUUCUGGUGGCGGUGUCGACGGCAACUGUUACGGACGCGCAAGCAACUUGCGCGCAGAAGCUGGUGGGUUGUGCUGCUUACAUCAACAACGCCACCGUCAAACCCGGAGACGACUGCUGUAACCCUAUCAAAGAAGCGGUUAAAACGGAGCUUCCGUGCCUCUGCAACCUCUACAAGGACCCUAAUAUUCUCCCUUCUUUUCACGUCAACGUCUCGGAAGCUCUCAGGGUCUCUCGCGAAUGCGGCGUCCGUACUGAUCUAAGCAACUGCAACGCCACUUCUCCAACCUCUGCUCCGUCUCCACCAGGACGAGGACCUGUAAAUCAAAAUGAUGCUGGUGCUGACAGGAUAUCAUUGACUGGACUUACCCUCUUCUUCCUAGUCUUUAUCUCUGUAGCACUGUAUUGAAGCGAUAUCCAUUGGGAUAGGUUGAGGGGGUAUUAGUUUUAGAGUAUUCGUGUAAUGUAAUUGAUAAACUACGAAUUUGAGAUAUUUUAAACAUUGAUGGUAAAUUAGAACAGGAUGUGUUCUUCCA